AUGCACGUACUUUUAACAAAUGACGAUGGGCCAAUCAGUGAUCGUUCCUGCCCGUAUAUGAAAUAUUUGGUUGACGAGAUUAAGAAAAAUACCGACUGGGAUCUUUCAAUCGUCAUUCCAGACCAGCAGAGGUCGUGGAUAGGAAAGGCACACUUUGCAGGGAAACCGUUAGUAUCAUCUUAUAUAUAUACCAAAUAUUCUACAGCGGAAGCUAACCCUGAUAUAAACAAAUAUGAAGGUCCCUUCGAUCACCCGAUUGCCAAAUAUAGCCAAGACAAAGAAUAUCAAGAAUGGUGUCUUGUUAAUAGUACACCAGCAGCGUGCGCUGAUAUAGGUAUCCACCAUUUAUACAGGCAUUCCAAGAACAAACCGAUUGACUUGGUUGUCAGUGGUCCGAAUUUUGGAAAGAAUUCUAGUAAUCUAUACAUUCUUGCAAGUGGAACUGUUGGAGCCGCAAUGGAGGCGGUUACUCAUGGGGUAAAAGCUAUCGCAUUGAGCUAUGCGUUCAAUAGCAUGGAUCAUGACUUCAAUACGUUGAAAGAAGCUGCUAAAAUUUCUGUUAAAUUGAUCAAAAAAUUGUACACUGAGCUUAACCAACACCCCGAGAUUGAUUUGUUCUCGAUUAACAUACCAUUGGUGGACUCACUCAAACUCGGCCAAACGAAAAUUGAAUACGCACCUAUAUUUCAAAAUCAAUGGGAGUCAAUCUAUACUACACGUGACACUCUAAAUGACAAGGGACAGAUUCAGUUUGAUUGGACGCCUGAUUUCAAGCGUGUUUAUAAGGAUGGGCUUAUUGACCAUAAUCGUACUGAUAGUAGAAUAUUGUUGGAGGAAGGUAUAAGUGUGACACCUUUGAAGGCGGCUUUCCAGCUGUUAUCGACUUUGUCGGGAGAAGUGACUCUUGAUGAAAAAGAAGAGCCAUCGAGCGCGUCAAAGACGUUGUUGAUUACGAUUCCAAAAGACGUUUAUGUAUAUGAACCUUUGGUGCAGGCUUUCAAGACACUAGGCUAUGGAGUGAUAUCGGAUCCUAAAAUGGUACCAGCCGAGAAGCCAGUGUUUCAUUACGGAGAAUAUGAAGAUAUCAAUCUCGAUUUAAUCCAUGACAAGAACUACUUUAUUCCUUCCUAUAUUUACCGCAAGGCAUUGAUACGGAAACAUUAUCUUGCAAACACUGUACAUCAAUAUGUUGUCAAGCAUCCUGACUCAAUUUUGAAAAAAGCUGUGCCUGAGAAUUACCAAUUGGAACUUGAUUAUGCCGAAUUUUUGGAUGACUCGCUCGACGAGGCCUAUGAAUUAAGAGAUGCCAUAAAUAAGGGAGAUAAGACUUGGAUUGUCAAACCAAGUAUGAGUGAUAAAGGUCAGGGUAUUAGUAUCUUCAAAACGGUGGACCAGUUGCAAGCCAUCUUUAAUGCAUUUGAUAACGACGAUGAAGAUGAGGAGGACAAUGAAGAUGACAGGGAAGAGAAACAAGGUAAUGGCCUAAUCCUAUCCCACUUGAGGCACUUUAUCGUUCAAGAGUAUAUUGCCAAUCCCCUAUUACUUCCAGCUUAUGACAACCGAAAGUUCCAUUUGAGAACUUAUGUCGUUUGUCAAGGGAACUUGAAAGUCUUUGUGUACAAGAACAUUUUGACACUAUUUGCUGGAGAGGCCUACAAGCAACCGACAGCUACCGAAGGGGAGAUUGAUUUGAACGGACACUUAACAAAUACUUGCUUACAAGAAGAAGAAGAUCCUUUAGUUGUUCCAUUUUGGAAGUUGAAAGGAAUUUCACACAGCGACAAGAAUAGAAUAUUUGACCAAUUGUGUGAAAUAACGGGAGAAUUGUUCAAUGCAGCCACCUCUGUCGAUAAGUUGAAUUUCCAACCAUUGGAGAAUGCAAUCGAAGUAUUCGGAGUAGACUUUUUGGUGGACGAGAAUUACAAUGUGUUUUUAUUAGAGGCAAAUUCUUAUCCCGAUUUCAAACAAACUGGAGAUGAUCUAAAGAACUUAAUUUAUAAAUUAUUCAGGCUCAUUGCAAGUGACGUCGUCGAUCCAAUGAUCACAAAGUCAAGUAGUGCUGGGGUGGACAAUAACUUGAAGCAAGUUCUUUGA